AACCGCCUGAGAUGAUGAGGCAGCAACCGCCUGGCGUGGUGCACCAACCGCCUGGGAGGGUGCAGCAACAGCCCGACAUGGUGCAGCAACCGCCUGGUGUAGUGCAGCAACAGCCCGACGUGAUGCAGCAACUGCCUGGCAUGGUGCGGCAACAGCCCGACAUGAUGUAGCAAACACCUGGGAUGAUGCAGCAAUCGCCGGACGUGCUAGACAAUCUGGAUUUGGGAGUACCGUGGACAACUGGGUUGUUUGACUGUUUUCAACAUCCAACAAAUGCCAUUAUGACAGCAUAUUUACCAUGUGUCACAUUUGGUCAGAUUGCCGAACUCUUGGAUGAAGGAGAAAUGAAUUGUGCAUUGGGAAGUUAUAUUUACUUGGCGAUGAUGCCGGCCCUGUGUUCUCACUGGCUAAUGGGAUCAAAGUACAGAGCAAAGCUGAGGAUGAAGUACCAUCUAGUGGAAGCUCCUUUUCCAGACAUGGUUUUUCAUAUCUACUGCCCCUGUUGUGCACUUGCCCAAGAGUUCCGCGAGCUCAAUAACAGAGGCCUUGAUCCCUCUCUAGGUUGGAGACAGAUAGUUGAGCAGCAAAUGGAGAAUCCUCCUCCAGAUCAAUUCAUGGCUCGGUGAAGAAACAAAACUAGUCGAAACCAGCAAUAUAUGUUCAAUUUUACGUUGUGGAGCCAUUUGUCCUGGAAAUAUCUUCUUGAAUGAAUGAACUUAAAGAUUUUCAGAGUAUCUUGAAACCUGUGGUCUUGUAGCCUUGUGCAAAACAGAGAACUAAUCAAUGUUUAUGAUCGAAUUCCUUUUUGUACUUGUACGGAAAACAUGUG